CCUGUUAGAAGCUCACCCACUCAGACCCUCCCUUCUACAUAAAUUUGAUUCCCUGCCAAGGUUUUAGUAAUAAAUAGUUUGCAAGUUCGCUGAACACAGAGCUGCAGCUGUUCAGGAAACUUCAAAACAAGAUCACAAGUUGCUGUGUCUACGACAUCCAAUACUAUGUUAAAUUACAGCAUAAAAGAAGGGCAUUUUUGCCUUGUUCCUGCUUUUAGAGAGGAGAAUUUUAUUUCAUCAUGGAGGAUGAUGCUAGCAGCGGGCUUGCUCUAUAUGGCCUAUACUAUAUUGAGAAACUUGGAAAUAAAGACUAAACUACUAAAACUUUCAACCAAGAAAACUUCUCCAGAAAAGAACAAUAUUUUAGGUAGGAGGCCCGGGUUCAGUUCUCUGAGCAACUCCAGGAGCUACCCCCAAGGACCCUGGGAUUACCCACUGUGUACUGCUGGAUAUGGCUUCAAAACCACUAGACAAUGUGACCAGACACCCUCUCCUAAGAAACAGAAAACCAAACAGGCCAUGAAGAACUCCGCUGAGAGAAGUGCUAGAACAGAUACAAGUAUCCGAAUUAGCAAAGUCACAGAGAAAUCUGCUUGCUUAAGAACCUACGACAACCAGCUUGUUUAUUUUAUUUGUGAGAAUAAAGAUUCUGAGAUCUAUAUUCGAGACCUCACUACAGAACAAGAAAAAGACAAAGUGUUACUCACUUACUACUGUUUUCAACCCUCAAUUGAAUCAGGUGAUGUUGUUGAUGGCCAUAGGUCCAUAGUAAGCCUGAGCCCUGAAAAACACAAACGCUUCCUCCUGCAUGCCGACACCAAUGACGAGGAGCAGUCUGUCAAGCUCCAAGAAGUUGCAGAGUCAUUGCCAUACCAGGCGCUCUUUCAUCUCCAUGUGAACUCCUUCCCAUUCGUUAAGUUUGAAUGCAAGAACAAUCCUGGAGUGUACAUAGGAGUAAAGGACAAUCAACUUACUCUAAUUAAAAAAGAAGACGAAACUAUGGAAAUGAACACUGUAUUUAAGAUCUCUAGGAUCUCUGAUAUCCCUAAGAUUUAGCAUUAUAUGGGUAUAUUAUGCUAGCAUAAUAUAGCAGCUUAUGGGUGGAGCAGCCCAAGGAAAAAAGAAUGAGAGAUAAGCUAAGUAAGAGACAUACCAAUUAAGGGAAACAAAGUGAUUAGCUAGCAGGACAACAUUUUUUUUAUUAUGUAUAAAUUAUUUUCCUUAGUUUUAUUUGUUUCUGAACCACACCUGUCAGUGCCUAAUGGUUACUUUCCGCACAUUACUCAGAGGUCAGUCUAGGUAGGGCUCAGGAGACCAUGUGCUGCUGAGGAUAAAGUCAUCAGUUCCCACAUGCAAAACAUGUGCGCAAGACCUUUGAGCCAUCUCCCCAGCCCUGGUUAUAUUUAUUAUUUCUCUCUGAAUUACUGUAUCUUAAACAUACGUAGCAAUAUAUUAAAAAGGAUAUUGAUUUAAAAAAAAAAGGAGUUGCCAACAUCCUGAAGAGAUUCAGACUGGCCUUUACUUUUUUCAACUUUCAGUUUAGGCUAAAGAUUGAGGUCUUUAUAGUUAAGACUGAGACUUCUACACAGAAGCAAGGGCCCAGCCCAUGUAUCACUUUAGCUAAAAAUCCAUUUAAAGAACUACACAGGAAACAGUUUCCCCUGGUUCCAAACAACAGGCUCCAAUACUAAUGUGGAUGAUUAAAAGGCAAAUAGGGCUGGAGCAGAAGUUCAGCGGGUAGGGUAUUUGCUAUGACGUGGUACUUGCUCUGAUAUGGAGGAAGAAAGAAAGAAAGAAAGAAAGAAAGAAAGAAAGAAAGAAAGAAAGAAAGAAAGAAAGAAAGAAAGAAAGAAAGAAAGAAAGAAAGAAAGAAAGAAAGAAAGAAAGAAAGAAAGAAAGAAAGAAAGAAAGAAAGAAAGAAAGAAAGAAAGAAAGAAAGAAAGAGAAAGAGAGAAAAAAAAGAGAGAAAGAGAGAAAAAAAAGAGAGAAAGAGAGAAAAAAGAGAGAAAGAGAGAGGAGCCAAGCCUGCUCCCAAGCAUUGCAUAUGGUCCACUGAGCCCCACCAGCAAUAAACAAAAGAGAUAAAAAAGACAAACAGAUGUUCACAACUGGAAUAAAAUGGCAAGUUUGUUCAUAGACAUUUUACGCUAUACUUGUAUUAACUCUUUUAGUCAGGGGUUAUUAUAUAACAUAAUAUAGACAUCCAAAAUGGCAAGAAAACUUUCAUAAUUAAGAAUAACAAGUCAGGACUGGAGAGAUAGUACAGGGGUUUAGGCACUUGCUUGGCACAUGGCAGACUGGUUCAAUCCUCAGUACCACAUAUGGACCAUGACCAGGAGUGAGCUCUGAGCACAAAGCCAGCAGUAAGCCCCAAGCACUGUCCAGUGUGGCCUAAACACGCUACCCACCACCACCACCUAAGAAAAGGAAAAAAAAGAAAAACAGAAAAGCAGAACUCGUAAAAAUUUAUAAUUUUAUUUUAUUAGUUUUAUUUCUUAAAUUCUAAUUUUUUUCUAGUGAUGCUCAGGGGUUCAUGCUGGCUCUGUAAUCAGGAAUUACUCCUGUCAGUUCUUGGGGAACCAUAUGGGAUGCCAGGGGUUGAACGCAGGAUGGUAGUGUGCAAGGCAAAUGUACUAACGCUCCUGCCCCUAAUUCUCAUUUUCAUAUCUUUUUUUUCCACUCAGAGCAUAGACAUUUUAUUGCGAUAUAAGAGAUAUGCAAUAUUGCAUCCUUUUAAGGUAUACAAAUAUGAUUAUUUAAUAUGUUAAAAAAUAUUGCUUCUGAAAGUUACUCAACACAUCCUUCACCUCAGAUAACUGCUGGUUUUUGGUCACUGUUUUGUUAAAAACAUUUGAUAUCUACUCUUUCAGAAACUCAGCUAUACACUAUGGUAUCGUUAGUUGCAGUCAUCAGCUUAAUGUUGUCAACUGCAGUUUCUAUGCUGUACAUACUGUAGAGAUCAUACUGUAUGCGAUGCAUUUCAUUUGGUUUAAUGUCCACAAUGUCAUCCAUGUUCUGACAUAUAAAAGAAUUCUUCUUGGGGCUGGAGUGAUAGCCUGUGGGUAGGGCAUUUGCCUUGCACGUGGCCAACCUGGGUUCAAUUCCCAGCAUCCUAUAUGGUCCCCUGAGCACCACCAGUGGUAAUUCCUGAGUGCAGAGCCAGGAGUGACCCCUGUGCACUGCCGGGUGUGACCCAAAAAUUUUUUAAAUUUUUUUUUUUUUUGCUUUUUGGGUCACACCCAGCGAUGUUCAGGGGUUACUCCUGGCUUUGCACUCAGGAAUUACUCCUGGCAGUGCUUGGAGGACCAUAUGGGAUGCCGGGGAUUGAACCCGGGUCGGCCACGUGCAAGGCAAACGCCCUACCCGCUGUGCUAUCACUCCGGCCCCAAUUUUUUAAAUUUUUAAAAAAUUAAAUAAUUCUUCUUAUGGAUGAUUGAUAUUCCGUUAUGUAUGUGUCUUAUUUUUAUGGCUUAUAUUCUUACAUUAGAAAACGAGAUAAAUUUUGUUCAAACAUACAAUUGAAGUUACUGACAUAUGUUACCAAAUUAGAAUAGUUUUAUUUAUUUUAUUUUUCAAUUUUGGAUAACAUGAGUUGACGUAACUGAAUAUGUUUUAGAAUUUCCCUCUCCCACAGUCCACUAGAUCCCUCCCCAACUCUGGUAACUACAGCUCUGUGUUCUAAGCCCAUGUGUUUUCUAACUUUAUUUUGCCAAUAAACAACUUUUUUUGUUGUCCGGGCGUUGUUUUGGGCGACACCUUACUCCUGGAGAACCUUGAAGAACCAUGUGGGAUGCUGGAGAUCGAACCCAGAUGAGCUACAUGCAAGGCAAAUGCCAUAUGGACAUCCAAAAUGGCAAGAACUCAUUUUUU